GCCGCCGGACGCGGAAGCCGCCGAGGCGACAGCCGGGGGGUGUGUGACAUCGCUGCUCGGGCCGGUCUGUCGGGGCCGGGGCCGGGCGGGGCUGUGGGAGGCCCUGGACCCUGCAGGGCUCGGCGUCGUGAGAGGUGCGACUUGCCUAGUUAGGAAGAGCUGACUGCUAAAGAGAAAAUGACAUCUCUGGAAAAAGUUGAUGAUGCCCCAGCACCCAUUCGAGGACCUGGAGAUGGCAUGGAAACAGAGCAAACAGCUGGAGGAGUGGAAGUAAUCACUGGAGCCAACACUGCAAGCCAUCACAUCCACCACAGCCCCCAUAAAAAGACAGCUUCUUCAAUGAGUCCUGGAGUUCUGCAGCUGGGGAAAGUACAUGCAGAUAAAUCAGUGGAGAUUGAAGCUAUUCGAAUAUUAGUCCCCAAAGCAGCCAUCACCCAUGUCGUUCCAACUAAAAAUGCUAAGGUAGCUAAAUCUGUGGGACAUAAAGGAGACACGUUCCAUCAGUCAGAUGGAGCCACAGACCCCAAGAAAGAACAGAUAGAGCUGAAAAAUGCAAUUGAAAAGCUAAAGAAUUCAGAAAAGCGGUUGUUACAGGAUAAAGAAGGUCUCUCUAAUCAGCUGCGUAUACAGACAGAGGUCAAUCGGGAGUUGAAGAAAUUACUUGUUGCUUCUGUUGGGGAUGAUCUGCAGUAUCACUUUGAACGGAUGGCUCGUGAAAAGAAUCAGCUCAUCCUAGAAAACGAAGUCCUGGGCCGGAAUAUGGCUCAGCUGUCGGAACAGUUGGAGCGCAUGUCUAUACAAUGUGAUGUGUGGAGAAGCAAGUUUCUAGCAAGCAGGGUGAUGGCUGAUGAGCUGACCAAUACCAGAGCAAUUCUUCAGCGCCAAACCAGGGAUGCACAAAGUGCAAUCCAGGACUUGCUGAAUGAACGCGAUCAGUUCCGUCAAGAGAUGAGUGAUACACACAAGCUGCUGGAGGAGCUCAUGGUCUCUCUUCAGUGGGGGAGACAACAGACAUACUAUCCUAGUGCCCAGCCUUACACUACAACAGAGCUAGCAGCUGUGAAUUGUAAGCUAGCCAAAGCUGUAAGCUCACAUCUUCUAGGAAAUGUUUGCACUAACAGUCCAAAAAAGACUUCAACAGCUGUGGAGUUUUGCAAUACCCCUGCUGAGAAAAUGGCUGAAAUGAUGCUGCAUGUACUGGAUCCAGCUGCACGUCCAGAGACAUCAACAGAAGUUUCUUUUUCUGAGACUUCUCCAUCUUCUUUCCUUUCUACAAAGAAAAGUAUUGGAAGCUUUCACCCAUAUACAAGAUAUGAAGAUGUCACCUUCAAUUGUUGCAAUCACUGUCAAGGAGAGCUGAUAGCCCUUUAAAAGCCCAGCCAAGGCAGCUGCACAUGCACUCUUUCUGAAGAAUUACACUAGUUGAUGUUCAGCAGGCUUCCCUUGUCCUUUUUCCAUAAUGAGUAGGUUUGGCAUUGGAAAUUGUGCAGUUUCUGCUUCCCUACCUCUUGAAGUUAGGGACUGACAGAGACUUUCCGUAGUCUCUGGGAUACUUCUACUAUUUCUCAACAGGGAAAGCUACUUAUUUUCUUAUAAAAAGGCAAGACAAAAAAACAUUAUGCUGGUCCAAUUUAUAGAGCAUAGAGAUGCUCUUGACUAUUGAUAUUUAUAGUCCUAUUAGCAAAUCUUAAUGAAUUUCCCUUUAGAGGGAGACAGAAGUGUAACCAUACCAAAGCAAAUGAAGUGCUGAUCAGUUAUGCCUAAAUUUAAAAAUAAAGUAAUGAUAAAUGGUCAGUUACAUGCCUUUUUUUUUUUUUUAAUUUUAGCCAGGGUGAUGAACUGCCCUGAAGUCUAUGUUCUGCCUUUUAAAUUUAGUCAUAAAAAGGAGUAUGUGCAAUGAUUCUUCAUAGCUGUAAGUUCUGAAAGGAAGAGUAUGUGCAAUGUCAGCCCUCCUGUCAAGAAGGAGAUAAAGCUUGAGUGAACUCUAGCUAUAAUACAUAAGUAGUAACUGCUUUUAAUAAUGGCUUUUCCAUUGUUUCAGCUUCUAGAGUGAAGCUGCUGCAUAGCUGAUCCUCAGCAAAGGCAGACUGACCUAGUUCCUUUAGUACAUAGCAUUGAAUCCUGGCUUGGCAUUAGGACUCAGUCCUUGCCCAAGGUCUUCCUGAGUAUUAUUGGGAAGGUGAAGAUAAGCACUACAUUUGCAUUGGUACUGUUAAAAAAAAGUAUUUUUUUACUUGUAUGGUUUUAUAAUCUUGAUGUAGAUUUGAAGUUCUUGACAUAGGUUUGAAGAGAACUUCUAGGAGACAAUCUGCUAAAUCCAAAGAAGCCUAUUUAAAUUUCUUAGUUUGACACCCAAAUUUACCAUAUGAAGCUGUCUAGUUUAGGGAAAAGGUUUCUGAAAUGGUUGCUUUUACCCAAUUUUCCUUUGAAUCUCAUACCCAUGAUCAGAAUAUGUAAGCUGUGAGUUCUUGCUGUUGCUGGCUCUGAUUUGGUUUAAAUGGAGAAAGUUACAAUAAACUUCCUUUGCUUGCUUUCCUGUAAA